AUGAAUGUGCUUUCUCAGUUACUGCUCAUAAGGUGCGAAAAUGACGCUGAGAAAGCUCGAGAAACUGUGGUGAAGGCCUACGAUUAUCAGAACAUGAUCAAAAGAGUCGAAGAGAUUGUGAAUGAGCAAAUUCAGACGUUCCUCAACUCGAUCACCUCCAAUCGCGUGAAGCAAGUGGUGAAUGCCGGUGCGUCAGUAGCGCGCUGUAUAAAAUUGUGCUUCAUCGAAAAGAACAAAGACGGUUUCUGCUUCGAUAAGAAAGGCUGUGAACCGAACAUUGCCGAUCGUAACGCAAAACUUGCCAUAAAGCAAUGCUCACGUUUAAUAAACUGGAAGAAAGAAGCCAGCGACCUAUGCCUGUGUUCCAGCCAAGCAGGUGUUCAGUGA